GCUCAUUAGAGCUACAGCGCGCUUUCCAGUGACUACAGUUGCACGCGCAUAGGCAUUCUUUCACAGACGCGCGCGCAGAUGCGGGCAAUGGAUGCGCAGGAUAUGUUUAGCGCGUAUUAAUAUAUAGCUUACCUUUAAAUGCGUAUAAGCCUUUUCUUUAAUUGACUUUAAGUGCAACAUCGUGAAUAAAAAUAUUUUUAAUUGGUUUAGAAACCCUUAUUCCUACCAAUUAUCGCAGUGCAAUGGAUUUACAGAACAUGAAUGAAACUCAGAUCCCGUUUUGGGAAGGUAUAAGAACUCCAGACAAUUCCAGCGUGAACAGCUCUGCGUUGGAAGUUAACGCCACCUGUAGCAAUGCGUCAAUUAUUCAGAAAUUCAAACCCACACGAGCAAAAGAAAUGGACUCCGUGAGGAUUAUUCUUUACUCACUUGUAUUUCUCCUGAGUGUUUUUGGGAACCUGCUGAUCAUUGUGGUCCUAAUAGCAAACAAGAGAAUGCGGACAGUCACCAACUCCUUCCUGCUCUCGCUCGCUAUUAGUGAUCUCAUGAUGGCCAUCUUCUGCAUGCCCUUUAAUCUCAUCCCCAGCCUGCUGGAGGACUUCAUCUUUGGAGCAGCGAUGUGCAAGACAGUCGCCUAUUUCAUGGGUAUAUCUGUCAGCAUCUCCACCUUCAGUCUGGUGGCCAUUGCCAUUGAAAGAUACAGUGCCAUUUGCAACCCGCUGAAGUCCAGAGCAUGGCAGACCCGUUCUCAUGCCUAUAAGGUCAUCGCUGCCACAUGGGUACUAUCUGUGUGUAUCAUGGUGCCCUAUCCUGUGUUUAGUAUACUGGUGCCAUUCAACAAGCCAAACAACAUCACAGCUCACAUGUGCAGGCUUGACUGGCCCAUCAGCCAGGUGGAACAGACUUGGUACGUCUUGUUGCUCUCCAUUCUGUUCUUCAUCCCAGGUGUGGUGAUGAUAAUUGCCUACGGUCUCAUAUCCAGAGAACUUUACAGAGGGAUUCAGUUUGAACUGGAGCAGAAGAAAGACUCUAGUGGUGUAAAGAAUGGGUUGAAUGGCGCACUGUCUUCUGGCCAUGAUGAGAGUGAUGGAUGUUAUAUCCAAGUCCCAAAGAAGCCCCCCGCUAUGGAACUUUCUGCUCUGACCACCUCUGGCACCGUCAAGGCAGACCGUCCACGGAGCAACACCUCAGAGGCAAAGCUCAUUGCCAAAAAACGAGUGAUCCGAAUGCUGAUCAUUAUAGUAGCUAUGUUCUUCGUAUGCUGGAUGCCUCUAUACUCUGCCAACACCUGGAAGGCUUUUGACCAAAAGUCAGCACAGCGCGCACUUUCUGGAGCUCCCAUCUCCUUCAUUCAGCUUCUAUCCUAUACCUCAGCCUGUGUCAACCCCAUUAUCUACUGCUUCAUGAACACCCGUUUCCGGAAGGCACUCUUGGCCACAUUUGGGUGUUGCAGGCGCCCAUGCCACACACAGAGAAAGAGGAGGGAAGGUGAUGACGAGAUCACUGGAGUCACAGGGGCGUCCAUAUCAAAGUUCAGUUAUACCACCGUUAGCACGGUAGGACCGUGUUAACAUUAACAUUGCAGGAGUCUACAGUUUGAUCCAUGAGCUGUGUGCUUGUGUCAUGUACUGAGUUCAGAUCACCAGAUGUGUUCUUCAUUUUCAUGGUGUCAGUAUGCUUUGUUCAAUGUGUCAGUGUUCAUUUAUAUUUGGAAAAGAAUACCUCAUUUGUCUGGUCUUACUGCCCAAAGUUGGUGUGUAAGUGGUAAAUGGUCUUUCUAUAGUUGUGCAAAUAGCAUUAUUGUGAUACAAUCAAAAGGUGUGGUGCACGGGACAUGCAAAGAUGUAGCUAUAUUUUUUAUUGUAUAAGACUUUUCAAGGAUGAUCUUAUGCAUGGGAAGUGUUCAUAGAAAUAUUCUUGUAUCUUUGAUGUUAUAGAGCCAAAUAUUGCAUGUUGCAUGAUCAAACAAAAGACUAAUCUAGUAGACAGCAGUUUUUUCGGCUACAAAAUGGUACAUUUUCUUGUCUAUUUUGAGUGUUGUGAUGUAUCGUCUGUUUUUGUUCUCUGUUUUGUUUUAUGAUGGGAUCUUUGUCUUAAUGAGCUUUGCUUAAAUGGCACAACUGAGAGUCCUUCUAUUGUGUAUUCUGAUAAUAACAAUAUCAGAUGGUUUUGUUGGAGACAAUGUUUAAUUUGGUCUCCUUCUUUUCUGAUGCACAUGUACUACAAGUUAUCCUACAUGAAGAUGUAUCAGGUGGGCAAGACAAUUCAGUCGUCAACGGAAUCAACAGUCUCUUGGAAAUCUUCACCCCAGUUGAAGUGAUGCCAUGGUUAAAACUGCCAAGCUGCAUGACAGGUUGGAAUUGUAAUGCCCUGGCACUGGAGAUAAUGAUUUAAAUGGAAAAUAAUAAACUGUAGAGGGAAGUUUGAUGUGAUUGCUUUUGGAAGCACUAAUGUUCUUAUACACAUUCUCACUAAAACACACACACACACACACACACACACACACACACACAAAAAAAAACAACAACAUUCGGUCUAUCUCAAAUUGCAAUUGCUCUAAUCGAUUUCUUCCUUAUUGCUGAAGCUGAUGACACACCUGGGAUAUUCGGCUUCUUGCCUUGCCCCAACGAACCCUCACUGAAUAUAUGAAAAGAGAGCUAAGCUCUUGUUUGUGCUGAAAAUAAUUUAUUCAGUGGUUCAUGCUAAACAUGAAAGCUGGAUCUGCACAACGAAACCAAGCGUUUAAAAAUUCAUCCUCAAAAGGAUGGAGCGCACAUGAGAUGUUUGUGUGCUUAUACUUGGUUCAUCUUGUUAUCCACUGGAUUGUUAAAAUGCAUGAAUGCCCAUUUUUUAUACAAGUACUGGCAGCAGGGUUAUUACAGUUAACUACAAACUAAAACUGAAAUGAAAACUAUAACCCUUAAACCCUUUUUGUCACUUAAAGGGGCCCUAUUAUGCUUUUUCUAUAAUGUUGCUGUUUGAGCAUGAAAAAGAUCUGCAGUUAAAAAGUUCAAAGUCCACUUCAAAAGAAGAUAUUUUAUUUAACAAAAAUUAAAACUACUUUUCAAAAACUACAGCAAAUGACUCAUUUGGACUACAACGCAUCUUUUCCGGCAUUUGUGAUAUCACAAAUGUCGACGAAUGGGACGAGACCUGGUUGAGAUGCACUAGAUAAGGCAACGAGUAUUAUCACUAUGUCAGAGACACACUAGCUUUCCCAAGGCAGAUGAACUUAGAGUGGUUACAAUCAUCCGGAUUUAAAUUGCACUUAAAUUGAUUUGAUUUUGAUGCAAUAAUUACACUGAAGCUCACAUGGGCUCACAUGGGCCGAUCCAGGCGCUGAGUGCUGCCAAUCACAACACACACCAGCCCAGUUAACCAAUCACAGCACAUUUCGUGUUUCAGACACAUUUUAUGCUUUACACUUUACUAGAAUUAUGUAGAAAAGGACAACUGUAAGGUUGCUAAACACCCUUUUAUUUGAAUUAUCUGGAUUCAUCAGCAUUAGAAUGCAGGUCAGAACCAAUUUACCUAAAUGUGUUCCUUUAUUUACCUACAUACAUAUAAAAAUGGCAUGAAAUUAUUAAUAAAAGAAGCCAUCUCUCUCUCUCUAUGUUACACCUUGCUUCCCACCUUCUCCAUGAAUUUGGGGGUCAGCAUCAGAAUUCACAGCUUCAUAAUUUGUUUACGUGCCCCCCAGGAUAUACAGUGGACAAAUAUUUCAGUGCUCACACAUACCUGCCCUUCUUACUGCUUUUAUUUCUGUCUGCUUUUCUCUUUAUUAUCACUCCCUUCUUGCAAUUUGUCAUUUCAUCGAUCAGUUUUCCCUCUCUCCAUUUCCUCUAAAGGACCACCUGGGUAUGUGACAGACCUAGGCUAUAUCAAACUAGAGUCUUGGGGAUAAACAGAAAUGGUUAUUUCUCACUCAGACACACAACCUGUCUGCUAAGCAGUUGCUGUCAUUUCUCUUGGUGUCAGUGACAUCUGCCAAAAGUGAGAGAACAGUUGAGUUGGUUCUUGCAGCUUUGUUUUGCUUGGGUACACGACAGAUGACAUAAGUCCGGCCAUUCAUUUCAAAUCGCUGCAACAGAGGAUAUGGAACUUGUUUCCAAGACAACCAUUCAUAUAUUCAAAGGGGGUUUGAUUUCGGACAGAACACAACAAAGUAACAAAUAGAAAAUUAUUGAAAUGAAAGCCACCUGAAUAAACAAAUAACAGAAAAGCAAAGAAUUACAUGGAAAUAGCUUUAGAUAAUCAAGCAAAUAACAAAGACCUCCAUUCAGAAAUUCAUCUCUUUUCAAGCUGGACGUAAAGUGCAGUGCAAUCUAAGUGCCACUUUUGAUGUUUGGCUGGUUGGUUAAAUAAGACGUCACACUUUCUGACCUUGUUCAGAAUUUUCGAACAAGCUUCUGCUUUCUUCUGUGGCAGAUGUAAACUGACUGAUAAUUGUGCAGCGUGUCAAAGUUUGUCCGCUGUAGAUUUUUCUUUAUGAGUAAUUAUCCUUGGCUAGUUCCCUUCUGAAAUAUAGAUACAGAAAUGUGUGGCGUAUUUCUUGGGAGUGCUUUGUGAUCUGUGUAAUUUAAGCAAAACAUUGUGAGAUUUUGUAUUAAAUAUAUGUACUGUCUUUGGAGUUAUGUUUGAACAGCUUUGUAAAUACAAUAGUUCUUCUAUUCUAUACUGAAAUUCUAUGAUAAAUCUCUAAAUGUAAAUAUCAUAAUAGGGGAAAAAAUAAAUCAGUACUUUUUUUUGUAAUAGAUACAUGUUUCUAAAUAAAGCACACUAACAGCCAAAUGUACCAAACAGACAACAACGACAAUACAAUAGACUACACCCGAGAUAAAAAGAAAACGGUACUGGUUUUCUGCAGCAGAGAGGAUUGUGGGACUUUCAGUUCAUUCCAUUUGAAACACAAUUAAGUGAUAAGGAAACAGGUUGUUAAAAUGCAGUGUAUUGGCUAAAACAUCCCAAUACACCAUGGCCACCAUAGCCUUAAAAGGGAGAGAAAAUAUAAGACAGUGUGUGUGUUUGAGUGUAUGUGUGUGUGGGUGUGGGUGUGUGUGUGUGUGUUUGCAUGAGAAAGCACUUUUGCAUAACCAUUGAUUGUAAGGUUAGGCCAUUUGUUUUUGUAUUAAUUUGUCCUUUUCAGUGGCCAUUAUCUAAAUAUAAAUGUGAUUUAUACAUUAAUCAGUACUCAGUUCAGUGCUACUUUGUACUUUGUAAAAGUUAUGUGAUAUUGUCUUUCAGGGUAUUUUCCCCCAUGUCUGUAAGUUCAUUGUUUUUUGUUGAUUUAUGUUACUGUUUUUCCCAUUUCUUACGUCUUUGAGAAUGACAAAUAGCAUCAACAGCAUCAACAUUUUGUUUUGUAUUUUAAUUAUUUGUGAUUAGCUCUGAAGCAAACUAUAAUAUAUAGUGCUGUUUCUCAAAGAUUAAUACUUUGAAGUAAUAUUUUCUCACAGUGUUUCACUGUUUCAUCUCCAGCUAGUUGCUGUUGUGAUGAAUGGAUUUCAAAGGGCAAGUUUCUUGGCAGAGUUUUAAGUGGGUGUAGUACAUGCUUUGUGCGUUGAAUAAAAAUUCAGUGUUUCUGAAAUGUUUGGACUACAUGAGGUAUGAACAGAAAUCAAUUAAGUCAAUGUGCCGUGUAUAUUUAAUGACAGAGCCCAUUUAGAUUAGCUCUUGCCCAUGUCACAAAUGAGUCAGUGAUGAGACACUCAUUUUUUGUUUAAUUAAAAGAAGAUUCCCUUGAAAUGAAAACCAUAUUAAGUAGUUUUACAUUAUCUUUCUUAGGGGGAAAAAAUAACUUUAGUAAUACUGAUAAUUCAUUGGUUAUUAACCUUUGAAAACAAAUUGUCUGCAAAAACAUGCAGACAAAAAGGUAGCACUUUAUUUUACAGUCCUGUUCCUCAUGUACAUACUAUGUACUUAUUAUAGUACUUACAAUAACUAUGUAAUAACUAGGUACUAACCCUGAACCUACCCCUAAACCUAACCCUACCCCAUGUAGUUACCUUGUAUUACCAGAACUUUCUUAGAUAAAUACACUGUAAGUACACUUUAAGUACAUGUUAGUACACGUACUGUAAAAUAAAGUGCAACCGUGUAAGUUGUAAAAUGGCACUAAGGUUGAAUUAAGGUUAAAGAAAUGAAUUAUUAAAUUUACUUGAUGGUUAUACCACUUCACAAUUGUCAAACUUUUAUAUUCAAGUUAUUUAACUUCUCUUAAAAAAUGAUAUAAAAUGUUUUAAGAUAAAAACCAAUAUGAAUACAGAGAGUACAUAAAAAAAAAGAAAAACAAAGAAAAAAGUAUUGAUUUUAAUCAAUUUGCCCCGCAUGCAUUUUCUUUCUUGAGACUGUAUAGCUUAUGACUUCUCUGGACCUUCUCAGAAGACUGUGGAAAUCUUGAAAACCCCUGUAUCCUGUAUGUUCUGUUUAAUAUGAUUAUGCCUUCUUGUAGCUAAAGCUGUGAGAAACUCUAUCAAUGUCUGUUUAAAAGCCAGCUGAUCUCAUUAUGUGUUUGAUAAAUUUAUAAUACCUGAGGCAGCCUGUUUCGCAAUGUGUAAACGUCUUGCUGUGUUCUGGGUUUGUAGUUUGAGGCCAAGGCUAAAAUAAAGCUUUCUCUGUGCUGCCAUGGUAA